AUGUUCGGAAAUGAAGACCACGGUCUUGGAAGCCCUUCCCCCGCAUAUCUGGGCGUUGCCAUUCAUGGUGAAGACUGGAAACCAGGCCCGAUCGACGACGGGCCUGUCGCGACCAGACCGACUGAAAAGGAUCGCCAAGCUGCUUCGAACAGCAUCAUGCCGGAGAUGAGUAAGAUCCUCUGGGCCGCGAUAUGGGGCGCCCUCAUUGCCAUCAUCGUCUUCUGUAUCCUGAUAUACCCUCGUCAAAUGGCGGAGAAAAAAGAGUCGCAAACCAAAUCCCAAACACUGCAGCAUGAAGCGUUGUGUCUCAACGCAACACUCAAUACCACAAUGCCUGAUUGCACCGCGUUCAUUGUUCCCCAGGUCGCUUCCAAUCUGGCUCGAUCUUGGGAGGAGUCCACAUCUAUUUUUUCUACUACUUUGAUUCCGACUACUAUGGUGUCAGUUUUCAUAUCGUCUACUGCUGGCAUGGAGAUGCAUGGUGGCUUCAUUACUCGGGUUCGCUCGGAUCCCGACGAGGGUUCUAUAACUUCGAUUACCAUCGAUUAA